GACGGCGGUAAGUGCCGCCAUUUUCUUUGCGGGCAGACACCGGGAGAGGUUAGGGACUCCACUUUGCCCCGUUAAGCGGAUUGGGGGACAUGGGCCGGGGCCUCAGCGCUUUGGUGACGUGGAGUCGGGGUCCCCCCCUUUUGGGGUUGAUUUCAUAGUGACACGUCGAAGCUUGCCAAGGCGGGGAAAGCGGACACCGCCUCUGUCCCGGAUGUAAGAUGGCGGCGCGGGCGGGGGCAGCCUGGCGGGGCGGUCACGUGCUGGGGAGUAGCGCGCGAGCCUCCUUAAGUGAUCUCUAUGGUUCGUCCCGGCGCACAGGAGCGGCGGAGCGCGAGACGGCUCGUGUCCGCGCGCUGAGCCGCCGCCGCCACGCAUCCCGCCGCACGGCCCGGUUUCAGUUUUUCGGGGUUUUUGUUUUAUUCUCGCCUCCUGCGAAGGUGGACCGGAUUACCCUGAAGGGUCCUGGGGAAUGUGUGGCUGGGGACUUCCGGGCCGUGCCUUCGUUUCUUAUCGCGGCGCCGGAGCCGGUGUCCUCCUCUUCGGGAAGCGCCCCGGGCGUUCCCCCGUGCGAAGAGCCCACCCGGCGGCGGAUGUCGGGAACGCGGCGCCGUGGCGGCCCGGCCGCCGCCCAGCCCCCUCCGCGGGCUCGGGGCGGGGAGGGGCGCGGGCGGCGCACCCCAGAUACGUGGCGGGAGCUCGGCGGGGACGGCCCGGAGCUCCUGGCGGCCGAAGCGCGGGAGCGCUGCACGCUGCCUUUCGGGGACUGUGCGGAUCCAGCUGGCGUCUGCUGCGCGUUUGCCCCCCAUUUCCUGCUUUUGAGGGGCACGGGACGAGCUCUCCUCGGGGCAGGGGAAGGAGCGUCAGCCUCCGCCAAGACCUCUCCGCACCUUUUCUCUUUCCAGCGCGGUCGGUUACGUAGAGAACGCCCGGCCCGGCCUGCCCGGGGCGCCGGCGCCGCCUAUGAUCCCCCGGGCUCUCGGGGCGCGCCCGGUGCGGCUGAGCGGCGCGGCGCUGGGCGGGGUCUCCGGGCGGGCGCGGGGCGGCCGGGAAGGGCAGAGGCGCCAGGCGGAUUUCGGCGGCGGAGGAAGGACGGAGGCGCGUCGGAGCCGCCUCACUCGCCCUCAGCGUGGUCCGGUGCCUCCCCGACACCAUGGCCCUGGCUGAGGUAGUAGUUUGUGCUGUUGGUCGGGUUGUGACAUUGCCCGCUGUGGAGAUAACUGCGCAAGCUACUGCCUUGCUAGUGCUGGUGAUGCUCAGCGGAGGACAAUGGCUGGGAAUCCCCUUUGUUUUCCGGAGCUCGGGGGCGCGGGGACAGCCUGCGGAGCCCCGGCCGGCGUGGCCACCGCGGAAACCGUUAGUUUUACAUAUUCCUUGAGGGAAGAAGGAAUUGCGGGGAGAGGGGUGGACUGGGACAUUUUUAAAGCGGGGGGAAAGAGCUAAGCCUUUGAGUUCGCUUUUUACUCUUGAAGGAAGGCGUGAAAUUGUGUAAGAUAAUGACAACUUCUCUUCUCCACGCUAAAUAAUUUUAACACUUUUUUCAGGUGAUGCAGGAUUUAGUUUGUACCUGUUUUACUUGGUGCUUUAGCUGCAGAUCGGAGUAGAGUGAACUAUCCUGUCGUGCAGAACUGUCUUUGGGGGCAGAAUAGUAGACCCAUUAAUUAUAAAGUUUAUGCCUUCAAAAACGUUUUAAAACUGGCCUUUUGAAAUGUCCCCUCGGUAAAUUGACGAGUUUUAAAAAUGUAAACCUAAAGCAAUUAAACGUUUCUAUUUAAACUUUGUUUGCAACUCCUUGAAUGAGAAGAUUGAAUUUAUAGUUAAAUGCACUAUUGAGAUUUUUUUUUUAAUGAGGCAAAUAAAUUCUUUCUACAGUG